AUCGAGGCCUACAACACUGGCAAAUACCUGCGCAUCUGCGUGCUAUUGCGCACGCGAAUAUAUAGCACGCUAAUGAUACUACAUACUCUUAAACAUAACUCAACAAAGCCAAGAUAAUUACCAUCAUGACACGUUCAAGCGAUAUUUGUCGUUUGGUUUUAGGCCAUCUUGACUGCCACAUUACGGUAGAGAAGAACCAGGAGCAGAUUCUCUAUGUAGGAGAGCAAUGGAACUCCAGGAUACACGAGCAAUUUACCAAUGUAACGAUGAAAGGAAUCAAGGGCUGGGGUGUUACUGAGUACCUAUACAGAAAUGACGAUGGCUGUCCAGUUCCACUGCAAACGUCACUUCCAAUGUUAAAGGAACUUGAGCACGUCAGAGAUAGAGGAGUUUUGACAUUGUCUUUCGAUGCAUCUGUGUGUUCUGCUUCUCUGCUGGUUGGUGGCAAGGGAACCCAACUGGCCUUACUAAGCCAACUCAUGACCGACAGCAAGUUCCUCGUUCCACGCGGCUUUUGUCUGACUGUGGCUGCCUACAAAAAGCACCUGCAUAACAACAGGACUUUGCUCGGCUGCAUUCAAAUGCUGGAGGACGUGGCUUAUCGACGGAAGCAGGGUGAUUUGUACGAGAUCACGAAAUCCAUCGUGGAUGGUUUUAACGCUACACAACUGAGUGAAGAGACGCAGAAAGCGGUUUUUCAGCAAGCGAGUAAGCAGUUUGGCGACGCAUGGGAGCAGACGACAUUUGCUGUGCGUUCGUCUGCAGUCGGAGAAGACGGCGCCGAUGUGUCUUAUGCCGGUCAAAUGGAAACCUUUCUCGGAGUCAAAGGACGAAAUGAGUUGGCAAACGCGAUCGUGCAAUGCUGGGCAUCUUCAUUCACAUAUCAAGCUAUGGAGUACAGGAGGAAUCACGGUCAGGCUGUAGCAGCAGAUAUGGGGGUCUGUGUGCAGGAGAUGGUGCAGGCAGACGCUGCCGGUGUACUCUUCACGAGAGAUCCAGUGUCUGGCAACCCAGGUGUCAUGGCUAUCAACGUGUCAUACGGUCUUGGAGAAGCGGUUGUGUCCGGAGUGACGGAGCCAGACACAAUCUACCUGCAGAGAAGUUUCUACGAUAAGCUAAGCAUUAAGGACAAGGUCCUGGGAAGCAAAAAGACGCAGAUGGUCGUUGACAGUCAGGCUGGGGGAGUGAAAGAAAUUGAGACGGCAUAUAGCAACGAAUGCUGUCUAACUGAUAUAAUUGCUAUAGAACUUGGAAGGAUUGGUAUACUGGUAGAACAUUCGUUCUCUGAUCCGCGAGACAUAGAAUUCGCUGUGAAAGAUGGUCAGAUCUACCUUCUUCAGGCAAGACCAAUCACCUUCCUCAAUAUUGAGUCCGAUUACGAACUCAUGCAUGAGCAAGAUGGCCCUGUCAUCGCCGACCAAGAUUUGUUUACAACGGCUAAUGCUGGAGAAAUGAUGCCUCAAGCAAUGACCCCCCUCACAGCGGACCACUUUCUACAAGCUCUGACAAGUCUUGUACAUUUAAUGCACCAGGAAUAUUUUUGCCUAUACCGCCAGGCGUCCUUCACGAUGACGCAAGUAGGUGCCUGCUUCAGUGGUCACUUCAUGCUCAAUAUGCUAAACGGCCUUUAUAACAUGAACGAGUACACGGUUGGAUUAGACACCGAGAAAUCAUGUGCAUUCGCUGACACCAUGAUGUUUGGACGGUCAUUUGGCCGUAAAUAUUUGCCUAUAAUUCGACAGCGCUAUCACAUGACUUACGUACCAUUUUACAAGAAGAUUCUUGGUAAAUUGCGAGCGUACAGAGACCCACUCCGUGCGAAGAACAUUGUUGAACGCGCGAAAAUGGAAAUGUCCAACAUGCGCAUAGACGUCACCCAUACGGACGUGAACAGGAUGUUCAAUGAACUUGAGAAGGGCUUUCACCCUGCAUUUGUCGCAUGGAACUACCAUAUAAGGACUUCCGGUACGUCUGCUAUGUGGUCGAACAUCAUGCGAAUGGUCCUCGAGCGAGACUCGUCCAGUAAGCGCAUAGACGACGUGUCCAGCAGCUCAAUGUCGGACGUCGCCAUGCUGCUGUCGACGUGCCCGGAUGUGCUCAGCGCCGACGUUCCUUCCGCUCUCCGCAGCAUGGCGCGGGCUGUAAUUAACAACGGGAGAGCCCCCUUCUUCCACUCACUGAUGCCUGAGACAGCUGUGCAGUGGCUCCGAUCAGAUGCUAGUGGCGAACUCAAGCAGAUGUUUGACCAGUUUAUGAAUGCGCACGGACACAGAUGUGUGAGAGAGGCUGAACUUAUGGAAAAGCCAUGGAGAAUGGAGCCAGAACAAGUCGUUAAGACAAUACAGGAAAUGACAAAAUCUCCGAGCCAGCUGACAGAAACAAAGAAGUACAUGACCGAAGAAGAAGCACUUGUGAAUAUAAAAACACCGCUUGGUUUCAUCCAGAGGAAAAUAAUUCACUUCCUACUGCCGAGGGCUAGACAAGCUGUCAGUUACAGAGAAGCGACAAAGGGCACUGCCAUCAAAGGCACGGACAACAUGAGACAAGGCUAUCGCAGAUUGGCUGAGCUGCUCGAACAGGAAGGUCGUCUACCUGACAGAGAGCUGAUCUUCUUCUUCACGCACAGCGAGAUUCGCAAGCUGAUCGCGACUCGGUCGGCCAAACUCAUCAACAAGGCAAUGCGUAGGAGAAAGCUGAUGCCGACAUUGAUGGCUAUGCAGUUUCCAAUGGUCAGCGGUGGCUUACCUGAACCAAUCGAGGACGAGUUUAAUGAAGAGGAUGCAUUAAUCACAGUGAAACUCUCAGGCAUGCCAGUAAGCCACGGCGUCGUGAGGGCGAAAUGUCGCGUCGUGAAAUCAUUAGAGGAUGCUGCCAGCAUUCAGCACGGCGAGAUAUUAAUCGUACCGUACACGGACAUCGGUUGGUCUCCUUACUUUCCGCUCAUCUCCGGCUUGUGCACGGAACUAGGUGGACUGCUUUCACAUGGAGCAGUGGUAGCACGGGAAUAUGGACUACCAUGUCUGGUAUCUGCCGAAAAAGCUACGAUCGUCUUUACCACAGGUGAGGAGGUAAUACUUGACGGAACCCUAGGUACUAUAGCAAAGGUGUCGCAUAAAACACACAGCGACACGGUGGCGAGUCCAAAUACAGAAAUAAAGAUGACCGCUGAUGGAGCAAAGUCAAUUUCUUUAGACAUUGUGGAUAAAGACAACACGGUCGUGUUUGAAGAGAGAGGUAAUGAAGAAACAGAAAGGUCAGCGAUAACAAAGAAUGACGUUGUCGGCGUACCUGAUGAAAUUAAACCUCACACGAGUGAAGUUAAACGCAGGAACAUCAAUAAUAACGGAGUUAAUGAAGAACCUAGUAACACACCAACAGCAGAGGAUACACUAGUAGCAGAGACCACACAAAAGCUGGAUACAACACCGACAGUAGAGACAACACCAGAAGUAGAAACAACGCCAACAAUAAAGACAGGGCAGAGACAGGAGCAAUGACAAAGAACACAUCAACACUAGGUACAACAUCAACAGCAAAGACCAUACCAAUAUUAGAUGCAACAUCAACAGUAGAGACAUCAUCAGAAGUAGAGACAACAUUAAUUGUAGAAGCAACACCCACAGUAGAAGUAACAGCAAAAGCAAAAAUCACACUAACACUAGAUACAACAUCAUCACCAGAGACAACGCCAACAAUAGAGAUAACACCAACAA